ACCCCUCCCAACACACCAACAGACCCCACUUCUAGUUCUUCUAGUGUCGAGUUUCAGCUUGUCGAGAAAAAUACUGUAUUCAUUUCGAAAAAAUAAUGUAUUUAUAGGACUGAAAAUGGCUGGAAAUUUCUGGCAAAGUUCUCAUUACCAGCAGUGGCUUUUGGACAAACAAGAUUUGAUACGGGAAAGACAACAUGACUUACAAAUUUUGUCAGAGGAGGAAUACCAAAAGCUAUUUAUAUUUUUCUCCAAUUUUAUUCAAGUUUUGGGGGAACAGCUGAAACUUCGCCAGCAAGUCAUAGCGACAGCUACAGUAUACUUUAAACGAUUCUAUGCACGCAAUUCCCUCAAGUGCAUUGAUCCACUUCUACUGGCUCCCACUUGUGUGGGGUUGGCUUCAAAGGUGGAGGAGUUUGGAGUUAUCUCCAAUAACCGCCUCAUCACAACUUGUUCCACUGUUGUGAAAAACAAAUUGAGCUAUGCUUACACUACUGACUUCCCAUACCGCACCAACAAUAUUCUGGAGUGUGAAUUUUACCUCUUAGAAAACUUGGACUGCUGUCUAAUUGUCUACCAGCCCUACCGUCCCUUACUCCAACUGCUGCAAGAUAUUGGUCACGAUGAUCAGCUUUUCAGUUUAGCUUGGCGUGUUGUCAAUGACUCACUGCGCACAGAUGUGUGUUUAUUGUAUCCACCGUACCAAAUUGCAAUUGCUUGCCUUCAGAUAGCCUGUGUGAUUCUUGGGAAAGAUCACAAGAAUUGGUUUGCUGAAUUAAGUGUUGACAUUGAGAAAAUCCAAGAAAUAUCCAGAUAUGUCAUCAAUUUAUUUGAACUGUGGAAAACAUACGAUGAAAAGAAAGAUAUUCAGGCUCUUCUUUCUAAGAUGCCAAAACCGAAACAGUCACCAAGCAGAUAACUGAAGCUCCAAAUUAUUCAUUUUUAAUACCAUCAAGACAAUAUCAUCAUUUGAGCAAGUUUUCUUCAACUUUUAGAAGUCAGUUUUCUCUAAUUGUCAUUAUUCUGCUUAAAACUGACUGAAAUUUGUUCCUUAUCAGUCUUUUAUCUUUUAACAAAAUUCAGUUUGGGUCAGUGGUUGUGCCCACUUAAUUGGGAGUAAAUUUGUGAAUAGUGUAAAACAUUGUCUUAAUCAAAUUUUCUUUGUAAUGAACUAUACUGGGAAGGGGUCUAUUCCAUAAGUACCUUAAUUUUUGUUAUGUAUCAUGAGAAAGUCUUUUAAAAAAUAUGUGGCACAGUUUUAUUAAUGAACUGUUCUGUGCUAAAUUUGCAUCUUAUCACAAAAACAGUGAUUGCAAUGAUGUGAGUAGUCCUAGACAAUACAUUGAAUGAUCGGUGUUUGGUUGCACUUCAAUCAUGUCUUAUUAUUUGUAGCUAUCAUCUAUCUAACUAAUCAUCAUUAAUUUUGUGUUGCAAUCUCAUAAGUUUGUUCCAGAAAAAUUUGAUUGUCUCUGCUAUUGACCAUUUCUAAGUACCCCAUGUCAAUGGAAUGGUAUCUAUGAAGGUUAGAGAAAAUAUUUCACUUAUUCAUUGAAUUUAUAUUUUUCAUCAGUAUUGAAAACAAACAGAAUUACAUUCAACUUCCUGUGU